AGCGCCAUCGCUCUCCGAAGAGCCGAAAACUCUGCCGCAGCCGAGUCGACCCAUGUCGUUCACCAUUCCCAUCAUCGCAGCCUGCCAGGCAGGUAUCGGCUUGGGCCCUUCGAACCAUUCGAGCCAUUCGAGCCGCGAAGAUGCAGGCCCUGCCAUGAAUCUGCAGGUGAGUAUAAGUAUUCCCAUCAAGGAUCUUUUAGAGGCUUUCACUCUCUUCGGAGAUGCAGUAGCGUCGCCUCCAGUUCCGCGCAAACAGGUGACGCUUUCACCCCCUUCGGCGUCCGCUUCAUCGCCGAAGACAGUGGUCCCUUUGCGGCGACAGAAUGGACCUCUGGGACCGGAACUUGGCACGUUUGGCACGCCCGCAACUUGGGAAUCUGUGCCGAUCAUGGGCAGGGUCGGCCCCAGUUCCGGUAGGCCUAGCGGACCUCAACCGAACUUGGGAAGAUACUUGGUGCAUAUGUCCAACUUGUCCAAAAGGAUCAGCAAGUAUCACGGAGUACAGCUACAGAAGCUCUUCACGGAGCAGGUGGGACCCGUGGAGUGUCAGAUGGAAAAGGGCAGUGCCACGAUGGCAUUCAGUACCCAGGAACAGGCCGAUGAGGCAGUGAACAAGUACAACGGCGGCAUCUUGGAGCUCACGGCAUCCAAGGGGAAAGAAGCAGCGAGUUCAGCGGAAGCGGGGUCUUUGGCCCUGUUUUCAUACAGUCGAAGUCUCACAUUAGUGGAAGAUCGUCUAGGUCCGCUCUCAAAUUGCGGCCUGGUGAGGGGGGAGGGAUGGGUCACAGUCUUUCGCAAUGCCAUGGCCUCUGAGUUGAAGAAUCAUCGAGGUGAAGGUGCAGUGGAGUGGAAAGGAAGCUUCAUCAAAGUCUGCCACCUCCAGGAGAGGCCCUUGUAGGUGCGGCCUAAGGCCGGCCAGGGUCUAGCGAAACGAGUGGCUGCCGUGGUCCUUUUGCCCGAGUAUGGAUCGACCAAAUUCAACCAAUUCUGUGGAUUGGGAAGACAUAGUUCGCCCAAUCCCUUUUUUUAACUGUGGAUAGCGGAUAGAGGAUGAUGUUCAUGGACAAUUUCGCAGAUGUUUCGCUUAUUGGUUGGGCAAAAACUGGGCACGGCUCGUGACUAACAUCUCCCCUGGGAUACUCGGGGUACCAGCAUCUUGAGGAUAUGAUCCUUAAAGCUGGGAUCAGCGGUGACAUAUAGGUCCUGCACUUGACCGAGACAUACCGACACGCGCCACAGUUGAAAA